UGUAAGUGUGUAUUUUUUUUUUUAUUUCAGGAAAAAAUGUUAAUCACAGAUAGCUUAUUAUUUGAUUUAACAAUCGCUGUUGGAACUCUUUUAGUAGCCGGUUUUUUUUAUAUUAAACACAAAUAUGGCUAUUGGACCAGACGAGGGGUUACACAGUUGUCUCCAGUUUUUCCAUUUGGUAAUUACGGAGUGGCAUUACCAAAAGGAUUUUCGCUUGGAGCUCGUACCAACCGAUUUUAUAACGCUUUCAAAAAAUCUGGAAAUAAAUUAGGAGGUGUUUAUAUUGGACUGGAUCCGUACAUUGUUAUAGUCGAUCCACUGUACGCAAAGGAAAUAUUAACUAGAGAUUUCCAGUAUUUCGUAGAUCGUGGUAUUUAUUUCAACAAAAAAAAUUUAGUCACUUUAAAUAUAUUUACGCAGAAAGGAGACGACUGGCGAAAUGCAAGAGCAAAACUUACGAGCAUGUUCACAUCAUCAAAAAUGAAAUUUUAUUUUAACACCGUAAAACAAUGUAGCGGUGACUUGAAGGCCAAUUUGAUAACUCUUGAAAAGAGUAAUGCAGAUGUUGAUAUUUAUGAAGUAAUGGGAUGUUACUUUACUGACAUAAUAGGUUCUGUCACUUUUGGAAUUGAAGCCAACAGUUUUAAACGUGAAGAUGCAAUAUUCAGAAAAGUGGCAAGAGAUUUGUUCCAAUCGUUGCCUAUUACUUUUCAAAUGAUACUGUUCGUCAUUGUCUGUUAUCCCAAAGUGGCCAACUUUCUUGAUAUGCCCAUAAUUCAACCACAUAUUGAAAAAUUUUUCUUUGAUUUUGUACCGGAAACAUUGGAACAUAGAAUAAAAAAUAACAUAUACAGGGAAGACUUUCUGCAAUUAAUGAUUGAACUAAAAAAAUCUGGAGAAUUCGAUACAGAAGAGAUUGUAGCUCAGUGUUUUAAUUUUUUUGUUGCUGGUUUCGAAACAUCUUCCACAACUUCUACAUUUUUACUUUAUGAACUAAGUGUGAACAAAGACAUUCAAGAUAGAGUAAGAGAAGAAAUAAAUAGCGUUCUGAAAAAACAUGAUGGUGAUUUUACUUAUGAGGCCAUUCAAGAAAUGACGUAUUUAUCACAAGUAAUGGCUGAAACUAUGAGAAAAUAUCCACCAUUAACAGCUCUCACAAGAGUCUGCGUCAAAGACUACAAGUUUCCCGAUAGUGAAGUAUUUAUUGAAAAAGGAACCACAGCCAUACUGCCAGUAUUAGGCUACCACUAUGAUCCAGAAGUUUUUCCAGAUCCAGAAAAAUUUAAUCCAGAUAGAUUUGAAGAUAAAAAUGUUAAAUAUGACGGGUAUUUGCCUUUUGGUUAUGGACCGCGGAACUGUAUAGGUGAGCGACUUGGAGUCAUGCAAGUGAAGUUAGGAGUAGCUGAGGUGAUAAGAAAUUAUAAACUUUCUGUAAGCCCGAAGAUGGAUCAACAGCUAGAAUUUGAUGAGUAUAUUUUUGUCACUAGGAUGAAACAAAAAAUUUUACUAAAAUUAGACAAAAUUUUAAAUUAA